UGGUGAGACACUUAAACUCACUCACCUUAGAUAUUUUUAAUAGCUAUAAUUUCUUCUCCACAAAUCCUUGACAUUAUCAGUUACCUAUAACUACCUCUUAAACCCUCUCAAAACCCACCAUUUUUCAUCCCUCCAUUUCUCACUGAAUCACCAAUCCUUUCAUCUUCUCCUUCAAAAUGCCAAAAUCCAUUAACAAUUCUUCAUUAUAAUCACUCUUUGCUAAACAAAAUUCCAUCUUUUCUUGUAAAAAUGGCUGCCAUAAAACUGUCUUUACUUCCAAUUCCAGAUUUCUGCUUCAAAUUGGGUUCUUACCCUCAAUCAUCUACCAUCUCCAUCAACUUCAAAUGCCCAUGUCGUCACCAAUCUCAAAAACCCCAAUUUUCAAUCUCUAGUGCUGUUUACACUGAAGGGCCUUCACCCACCAAAUCAUUCUUAAGCAAGGAGAAGAAUUUCGAUUCAGACUCCGACCCAAUUUCGGCAUUGAACAAGAGGAUAAGGAGGGAUCACGGGACUCGAGAUGUUGCAAAACCCACCAUGGAUUCUAAGGAAGCUGAGAAGUAUAUUCAGCUUGUGAAGCAGCAGCAACAAAGAGGAUUGGAGAAGCUUAAAGGGGUAAACAAAGAUGGGAAGGUUGGAGAAAAUGGCGAAAUUAGUUAUAAAGUUGAUCCUUAUACACUAAAAUCUGGAGAUUAUGUGGUUCAUAAAAAAGUUGGUGUUGGAAGAUUUGUGGGGAUUAAAUUUGAUGUUCCAAAAGAUGGUACAGAGCCUAUUGAGUAUGUUUUUAUUGAGUUUGCUGAUGGUAUGGCCAAGCUUCCUGUUAAGCAGGCGGCGAAAAUGCUUUACAGAUAUAAUCUUCCAAAUGAAACAAAAAAGCCACCAACACUUAGUAAGAUAAGUGACACGACGGCAUGGCAAAAGAGGAGGACCAAAGGAAAGGUUGCUGUCCAGAAAAUGGUAGUUGACUUGAUGGAAUUGUAUUUGCAUAGGCUAAAGCAGAAAAGAACAUCGUAUCCUAAAUGUCCUGCCAUGGUAGGGUUUGCUGCUCAGUUUCUUUAUGAGCCCACACCAGAUCAGAAACAGGCAUUUAUUGAUGUAGAGAAGGAUUUGACAGAAAGAGAAACACCAAUGGACAGAUUGAUAUGUGGAGAUGUUGGAUUUGGCAAGACCGAAGUUGCAUUACGUGCAAUCUUUUGUGUUGUUUCAGCAGGAAAGCAGGCUAUGGUUCUAGCACCAACAAUUGUGCUUGCCAAACAGCAUUUUGAUGUUAUUUCAGAACGUUUUUCAAAGUAUCCCGAUGUCAAGGUUGGACUACUGAGUAGGUUUCAGACCAGAGGAGAGAAAGAGGAAUACUUGCGCAUGAUUAAAAAAGGUGAACUGGACAUUAUCGUGGGAACUCAUUCGCUUCUCGGAAAUCGUGUUGUUUAUAACAACCUGGGUCUCCUUGUAGUUGAUGAGGAGCAGAGGUUUGGUGUGAAGCAGAAGGAAAAAAUUGCGUCUUUCAAAACUUCGAUUGAUGUUCUCACACUUUCAGCUACACCAAUACCUCGGACGCUCUAUCUGGCUUUGACUGGUUUCCGUGAUGCUAGUUUAAUCUCCACGCCUCCUCCAGAAAGAGUCCCCAUUAAGACUCAGCUUUCAGCAUUCAGUAAAGACAAAGUAAAAUCGGCGAUCAAAUAUGAGCUGGAUAGAGGUGGCCAAGUGUUCUACGUUCUUCCUCGUAUAAAAGGACUUGAUGAAGUGAUGGGUUUUCUUGAACAGUCCUUUCCGGAUGUUGAAAUAGCCAUUGCUCAUGGAAAGCAAUACUCUAAACAGCUUGAGGAGACAAUGGAAAACUUUUCUCUUGGAAAAAUCAAAAUUCUUAUAUGUACAAAUAUUGUGGAAAGUGGAUUGGACAUUCAGAAUGCAAAUACUAUCAUAAUUCAGGAUGUUCAGCAAUUCGGACUUGCACAGCUCUAUCAGCUGCGAGGAAGAGUGGGUAGAGCAGAUAAGGAGGCUUACGCACACUUGUUUUACCCUGAUAAAUCUCUGCUAUCAGAUCAAGCACUGGAGAGACUUCAAGCCCUUGAAGAAUGUCGCGAACUUGGCCAAGGUUUUCAACUUGCUGAAAGAGACAUGGCUAUUAGAGGGUUCGGUAAUAUAUUCGGUGAGCAGCAAACAGGUGAUGUAGGGAAUGUGGGCAUUGAUCUUUUUUUCGAGAUGCUGUUUGAGAGCUUGUCCAAGGUGGAGGAACACCGUAUAAAAUCUAUUUCUUACCACAAAGUUCAGUUUGAUAUAAAUUUCAAUCCUCAUCUCUCUUCUGAGUACAUCAAUUAUCUGGAUAAUCCGAUGGAAUUAAUAAACAAUGCUGAGAAUGCAGCGGAGAAGGAUAUCUUGAGUUUGGUUGAAUUUACGGAGGAUCUAAGGAGACAAUACGGAAGAGAGCCUUACUCGAUGGAGAUUCUAUUAAAGAAACUCUAUGUGAAAAGAAUGGCUGCAGAUCUCGGAAUUAAUCGUAUUUAUGCCGCUGGAAGGAUGGUUGUCAUGGAAACAAAUAUGACUAAAAGUGUCUUCAGACUGAUCAAGGAUUCGAUGGUUUCCGAUGUACUGCGUAGUGUGCUGAUAUAUGAAGAUGGACAAAUAAAGUCCGAAUUACUUCUGGAGCUACCAAGGGAGCAACUCCUUAAUUGGAUCUUUCAGUGCUUAGCAGAACUUCAUGCUUCUUUGCCAUCACUUAUCAAGUAUUAAUCGCCUCUUGCGCUGCGAUUAAUUUCAAAACUCGGCUUCUUCAUCCAUCGAGAGACAAUUCCAAUGUGGCUUCUUUGUCGUUCAUCAACCUUCUCUCGGAUGAUUUUAUAAAUCAAAGCAUGAUAUAUAUAACAAACCAUGACUCGGAAAGCUGCACAGUUACUACCCACAUGUGCCACGAUUAUGUGACCAGACUAACAGACUGGCCUAGUCUAGCAGCGUUCUUGAUAUUAAGCUGCUAGCUGUAAAGUUGAAUAAAGGCUCAUCAGCCUGCUCUUUGGGCAAGCAUCUUUCACCUGAACAUGAUUUCUGAACUUGAUGAUCAGAUGAUCUCUCGAGUCGCAAAUCAAAGAAUGCUUCUUAUCUCAAUGCCAUUGCACAAGAAGCUUAAGGAUAUGUUAAUGGACUUAUUAGGAAAUUAAUGGAUGGAAAUCAAUGAAUGUCUAAGACUGAUAACUGAUUCUUUGUGCAAUCAUAUGAUGAUUUGUAAAUUAUAGCUGCUUGAUUGUAUAUAAUGACAUAGAUAUCAAUACAAUUUACUAUCAAAUGCCUAUUUCAAUAUAUUUUUUGUGUUAGGUUUGAGCAAAUAUGCCUUUAAAUUAGAGGUUGUUUUGAACAUGUGUAAGCUGCUCGAUCAGACAAGUUCUGAAAAAUAAGGGUUUCAAAUAUUAAUUUA